AUGCUGCGGCGCUUCGCGACGACCUCCGCGCAGGACAUGGAGGCCUGGGCCGCGCCCAUCUGCGCGACCAUCCAGCGCGCGCACUGCGGCCGCUUCGACGGCGCGGCGCUGCGCGCGCUCUACGGCGAGGGCGCCGUCUUCGACGAUCCCUGCGGGACGAUUCCGCGGGCCGGCAUCGUCGCGGGCUUCGAGGCGAUCCGGUGGCUCUUCGACGUCGACGCGAAACACGAGCCGUGGACGUACCACCCGCCGCUCUUCCGCGGCCAGGCGCUGAGCGAGGACGCCGUCGGCGGCGCGGGCGACGGCGACGUCGUGCCCGCGCAGGCGCGCUGCCGCCAGGUCGCGACCUACGCCUUCCGCCGCGCGCCCCUGUCCUUCGCGCUCGAGUCCACGAUCGUGCUCACGUUCGCCGACGACCGGCGCAUCGCCGUCCACGAGGACCGCUGGUGGGGCCGCGCGACGACGCUCAACGCCGCCCACGGGCUCUUCAAGCGCGCGCACGGAGCCGCGUUCGCCGCGGUCUUCGGCGACCGCACGCCCCAGGCCUUGAGGCCGGACACGUCCGCGAAGAGGCCGCCCGCGGCCAUGAUCGUCACCCAGGCGAAGAUCGCGUGGCACUGCGCGACGCUGUCCAACGCGUCGACCUGGGCAGGACAAGAGUGA